AUGAAGUCCCUCAGAGCCCUGAGGCUCCUCUCUCCCAAACCCACCUCCUCCCCUCUCUCCCCACCCCUCCUCCGCCGCCUCUACUCCGCCGAGCCCCAACACUCCGACCAUCCCACCCACACCUCCUCCUCCUCCUCAGAAUCCGACUCCGAAUUCUCCUUCGACAGUACCCACUACGACUUACCCGCGUCGUCGGAUCCCCAACCCGAGAACCCGACAUGGGACGAUAAGUACCGGAGAAAAGCCGACAGGGUGGUCCCCGGGGGCGAGGCCCACAAGGCCAAGCUGAGGUUUUUGAAGCAGGAGGAGGACGAGAGAAGGCGCCGGAUUUUAGCUAAGGCGCUGCUUGAGGCGGCGCUGGAGAAAGGUGAUGGGGAGGAGGAGGAGGAGGCGGUGGUGGUGAAGGAGGAGGAUCAGAAGUCGGUGAACGUUGGGAUCAUUGGAGCUCCCAAUGCUGGAAAGUCUGCGCUCACUAAUUACAUGGUUGGAACAAAGGUUUCUGCUGUUUCACGGAAGACAAACACAACUACCCAUGAAGUGUUAGGAGUUAUAACAGAAGGAGACACCCAAAUUUGUUUCUUUGAUACUCCGGGAAUUUCAAUAAACUCCCGCGGAAUUCCAUACAAGGAUUUCAAGGCUCGAGUGGAAAGUUCUUGGAGCUCAGUUAAUUUAUAUGAUGUCCUCAUAGUUAUGUUUGACGUUCAUAGGCAUCUUACCAGACCUGAUGUAAGGGUUAUAAAAACGAUUAAACGCAUGGGUAUGGCGCCACACCCAACACAAAAGCGAAUACUAUGUAUGAACAAGGUCGAUUUAGUUGAGAAGAAGAAAGACUUGUUAACUGUUGCGGAGCAAUUUAAAGACCUUCCGGGGUAUGAAAGGCAUUUCAUGAUUUCAGGUCUGAAAGGCUAUGGAGUUAAAGAUCUUACUGAAUACUUGAUGCUUCAGGCAGUUAAAAGACCUUGGGAAGAAGAUCCCUUCACCAUGAGUGAGGAAGUUUUGAAGAAUAUAUCAUUAGAAGUUGUCCGAGAAAAGUUAUUAGACCAUAUACAUCAGGAAAUUCCGUACGAUAUUGAUCAUCGUUUGAUAGAGUGGAAGGAGUUACGUGAUGGUUCUAUUCGGAUUGAACAGCAUUUCAUCACUCACAAGCCAAGCCAACGCAAGAUUCUUGUAGGAAAGAGGGGCUCCAAAAUAGGGAGAAUCGGUAUCGAAGCCAAUGAAGAGCUAAGGUCCAUCUUCAAGAGGGAUGUGCAUCUGUUUCUCCAGGUUAGACUUAAAUGAUUCAGGAGCACACUGAGUCAGACUUUGAGAUGGGCUUUUCAUGCCAUACUAUCUAGAAGUCCAAGAUAGUGUAUAGCCAUCCAUCAAAGAUACAUGUGCGCUUCACUUGUGACAUACUUAGCAAGUAGAGUUGAAUGUCAAAAGUUGCACCAUUUCCUUUCGCACUGCAAGAUUAUGGAAAGAGUCUGGUCUCUCAGUACUCUACUCAUGCACUCAUCAAAUUCACGAAGGGGCUUUAAUGGCAGAAAAGCCUUUUGUUUUGGUAUUGAUAUCGGUGACAGAUUAUAGGAAGUCUCCAGUUACCAAGGGAACAUUAUAGUACUGGAAGAAGAUACAGUAUCCUGUCUCUUGAUUUUUCUAUAGUUACUGACCUUGUUUUUUCUUCGUUUUCAAUCCUGUAUUUUACAUACCAGCAUGUAUAUCUUAGGCAAGGUUCUCUUAUUUCAGUCAUUUAAUUCAGUCUGGAAUUACAAUAAUCAUUUCGUGACUGUUAAAGCCUUAUGAAUGUGGCUUUGCUUGUGUUGUAUCUAGAAGUGGUCAUUGACCCAAAUAUUUGUACACCCGUCAAUAUGGGCUACAGGUUUAUUAUAGGCUUCUAUAA